GAGAGAAGUGCCGCCUCCACCUCUUUUUGGGCAGCCACAGUUGCAGUCUGCAAACUUUGCUCAAAAGCGAGUGCUGCUCUUAUCAGGCAGUGUCUGUGUGAAUGCGAGCCGGUCAAAGGGGAAAUGGGAAGAUGAUGGAAAAUAGCAUCAUGCUUGCAGCACUGCUAGUGGAGCACCCUCCAGAGAGUGUGCUGUAUCCACCAGAAACACAGCACAGAAUGUUUCUUGCUUGAGCCUAUGCAUUUUCUCCCUUCACCUGAGAAACUAGUGUAACUCAAUGAGAUUGGGAGACUCCAGGUACAUGGACCAUCAUAACUCUAAGACCUGCGAUUUGCUGGUGUUUUAAUGACUGUAUGAAAACAAAGUAUGCUUUGGGCUAGGCACGACGGAAGGAUGGGAUUAGUAUGAAUGAGAGCGAAGGUAUUGGUUUCCUUAUAGCUUGGACUCAGCAAGUCAGACAUUGGAUAGGGUAUGACCCUUGAGUACAUCUAAAGAUGAGAUUACCAAAGUAUUUUGACUCUGUAACUGUUCCAGUAGAACACACAUCAAGGAAAAGCGGAGCUUCAAGACGUGGCAAGCAUCUGUACAAAGAUGUGUCCCUAGUAGUCCCGAGUGGAUGGAGGUGCCAUUGUGCACACGUGAAACAUGGCUCUGAAGGCUGCACCUUGAUUCCUGUAGCUCCACAUUCUGUCUUUUUCUCCUAGAUCCUCACCUCUUGCCUAUCUGCUCUACUUACAGCCAUUGAUUGCCACUGCUCUGCUGCUGUGUACCACAAAGAAGUUGCAGUCCCAAGCCAAUCUCUGUAACCUCGGGCACUCUGCUGGAUGGUGGUUUUGAGCUAUCCUACUUUAUUCUUUCUAGAUGCUGCCUCCCUCACAGGUUCCUACAGCUGUGAUGAGGCAACACAGGGCAGUUUAUAGGGAACUCUUCAGAUUAUAUUCUGUUGUGGAUUCUUUAGUUCCUAUAGAAAUGAUUGAUCCCCUCUUGCAUUGUAGUCCCAGGGGAGGUAAACUCAUCUUUGGCCAGUGAUAAGUAGUGGAAUAGGUAUGAAGGAGAUGGGCACAUCGCCCUGAUGAAAACCUUGGUGGAAUGGAAGGUAGGGUUAUUCCUGUGCUGUUAUAUACCCUACGCAUAUCUAAAAAGACCUCAUACGUGAAAGUCUCCUUACUGCUAGCAGUGAGUUUCAUAGAUGGAAAAUUCAGGUAUUCUGAGUUGUUGCAGGUGUAUCUUGACAGAAACAUAGCUGAACUGGUGCAAAGGAUAGUGUUGACUGUCCCUCAGCUGCUGGUGUCAGGAUACAUUUCCAGGUCGGAUGAGUUUAACUGAGUGGCAGGGACGGAGGAUGCCACUAAGCAGAUUUUAAGAAAUUUCCUUUAAACCAACAUUUUUUGGAAUCUAGCAUCUGAAUCUCUCAUACCACGUAGAGGAGAUGUUAUUAGCAGAGAGAUUUCAAAAGCAAUGCAGUUCAAUAUAAUGGAAAACACCUGACCUGUAUCUGAUUCCAUUUGGGAUCUCAGUAACAGCUGCAAAGGAGGCCAAGCUGAAUUCCAUCAGCAUAGCGAGAUCUCAAGAGCCCCUUUGGAGUAUGCCCGGAAUACAAAAUACAGCUGAGCCCCUUGCGUUUAUUAGCAUGACAGCUCCCUGAGUGGGAGAGAGAGGAUGUGUAUAUGUGUGACUUGGUGGCUAAAGGUGGAAUUCUGCUGCUUAAAUUUCUAAGGAUAAAUUCGUUGAGGCCUUGAUGCUUGAUGAGGCUGGGAUGCUUUUAAGCUGGGGAAAGAGAAAGGUUGAGUGCCUGCUGGGAUUCCAUUUUGCAAGUGGUUCCUUUCUUUAUAAUGACAGGAGUUGUUCUGCUGCAAUGUGUUUUUAGUAAAAACUGGCUUUUUCAUCCAAAAGGCUAGAGUGUUUUUUUUUCAGGAAACAUUGAUUUCCCACUCAGUCUCAGUGGGAUUUAUCAAAAGAAGCAAAUUCCCUUCUUCUCCAUUGUCCAUAGAGGGACUCUGGGGAGCAGGUAAAGGGAUUUUAGCAAAGUGAGAAUAAUAAUGCACUGAACUCUUGUCAAAAGUUGAGGUUUUUAUAUGUAUGUGAAUCUAUGUGUACAUAUGAACGUAUACCCACGGGCAUACAUAUUUAAUGAAACCCUGAGCAAUUUUGUGGAAAAAUGUCCAUGCCAACAUUUUCAGUUUCAUCAGACUUUCCUUUUCAAUUCUAAUAAUUCAGGUUCCUUUGGGGAUUGUCAAAGUCUGCACCUGUGACUUAACCCUUCAGUUGGCUUCAGUCUCUAUGUUGGAUCAAACCCAUUCAUUGUCUAGACCCCUUUUCCCUUGUUCUCUGAUGAUGUGUUGGGCCUAUAGUCUCUGCGUCCUUGUGUGCUAAAAUUGGUACAGUCUCUGGCAUCCCAGAGGGGCCUCCAGAGCAUUACAGAUGGUCAUUCUGGGGCAGGAUGGGGAGGCCUGAUGGAACUCAAAUAAUGUGCUUCUCCUUCAUUACCCUCCACCCAGACAGUUCAACACAGCAGAUCUUCCUAUUGUAUCUUCUUUCUCUCUUUCUCUGCCUAUUUAGGCUGUACCCUUGGCUUAGUCACUCCAUAGCGCUUUCAAUGUCAGGAGCAUGCCCUUGUGUUACAGCAGAGCCUUGCACGGCUUAGCUCUGCUGCUUUGGCACUGGAAGAACUGUCUCUGCUUUCUCACCCAGAAAGCAACAUUUCCCCUUGGUAUAAAGACAUGAAUUGCCGUCUUUGUUGGUUCCCACUUAAAGAGUUGUGUCCCAGGCUGGUGUGUCUGCUAGCCAGGGCUCUCUGCUGGUAGUGCUAAGGUGGCAGAAUUCUCAUCUGCUGCUUCAGGACACCUUAGCCAGCAAAGGAUUUGUUCUGGUCUUUAGUGCCUGCCAGCCGUUUUCACCUGUCUUAUUUAGUGGUGAGCAGGAAAUUAUAUAGGACACAGCAUUUGGGUCUACAUAUCCCAUAAGGCUUUAUUUUCAUGAAGAAUAGAGGUGGUGUUGCUGCAGUGCUAUAACUGAGCUUUUUAGCUAUUGAAGAAUACCAGAAGCAGUUGCCAUUUCCACAGCUACUGUGACAUGUUUUGGUUUCUAGAUCUGCAAGGACUGCCCAUUCAACUCAAUUGAUUUGCAACUCAAUUGAUUUAUUUUCCCACCAUUUUUUAAUCACCUCUAAAAAUAAAAAGAAGUUCUGCCAGCAGCCAGAUCAGUUCCCUGCCCUUCACCAAAUAAUAAAUAACAAGAACUAACUGGAGUUCUUGGUGGAAAUCAGGAGAAAGGUUGGGAACAGAGCAGAAGCUAAGCCUGGUGUUUCUCGCCUCUGAAAAUGUGAGACACAAGCGUGUUGAGACUCAGCUAGGAUGGGUUCAAAAAGGGUCAGUUUUCAGCUGCUGCCUCCCCGUUUUUCCCUCCCCUUUCCCUUUUCUCAUCAGCUUCUCGGUAAAUCAUCUCCCUCUUCUGGCUCUUCCAGGACUACAGAAGCAGAGGGGCUGCCCUCUGUCCUUGCAGAGCAGCUGUGAGAUCUGCCCCAUGUCACUGUGAGCUCCCUGGCCAGGAUUUCCUCUUGGACUCAAAGAUGACUUCUAUGGCAAGAGGAACCUGGGAGGAAAAUGGAUGAGACUAGAAAACAGAAGAACUGAAGGAUAUUGUCUUGUCCCGUUGGUGAGAAAGGACAGUGGUGCUCAUUGUGGGUACUGGAUAAAUGAAUACACCUCCACCUUGGGGAUUGGUGUCUUCCACUCUGGCAUCGAGAUCUACGGCAGAGAGUUUGCCUAUGGAGGGCAUCCCUACCCUUUCAGUGGGAUUUUCGAGAUCACACCUGGCAGUGCGGUAGAACUUGGCGAGACCUUUAAAUUCAAAGAAUCCAUUGCCUUGGGCACCACAGACUUCACAGAAGAGGAUGUGGAUAAGAUUAUGGAAGAGCUGGGCAAGGAGUACAAAGGAAACGCGUACCACCUGAUGCACAAGAACUGUAAUCACUUCUCUGCUGCUUUGGCUGAGAUACUAUGUGGGAAAGAGAUCCCCCGCUGGGUGAACCGCCUGGCCUACUUCAGCUCGUGCAUCCCCUUCCUCCAGAGCUGUCUCCCCAAGGAGUGGCUGACCCCAGCAGCCCUGCAGAGCCACAUCAGCCUCGGCCUCCACAAGGAGGAGCAGGGGGACACAACGGACGAGGAGUCCCCCUCCACCUCUGCAGCCCCCUCAGCCUCAGGCACUUCGCGAACCUGUAGACAUACCCGGGUCUAAACUGUGCCCAGCAUGCCCUCAAAUAACAUCCCCCUCUCUCUUGUACGAUUUAUUUCUCACACCCUUUCACAUACCUUGGUUUCUCUCUUCUUCAGUGGACAACACAGGGGAGGGAAGACCAUUUUUACUAAGGAGGCGAAGCUUCAGUCCCUUUUCCAAGGGCUGCCACUACAGUUGUUCGGCAAAAUUACCGUGAACCCCAAUGCUGAACUGAGGAGUGUGGCGACUAAACUGGAUUCUCCUCCCAGGGCCUCCAUGCCCCUUGAUCCAUGGAGAACUGCUGUCUCUCUCGGGCAUGAGAGCAUAUGUACGGGCAGGGGGGCUCCAUACUGUGAUGUUCCUUCUCUGGAACUGUUUUAUCUUUUUAUCUCUUCCCCCACCUAUGUGAGCCCAGCAACCUCCUCUCUAUUUUGGCUGGGUUUGCCAUUCCCCUAUGACAAAUCUCCUGCCCACACCCAGUGAAGGAAGCAGAGCCAGAACUCAACCUUCUCAUCUCUCAGACCAGCAACAAGCUCCACUCAGCCCCAUCCUUUUUGUAAUUAUCAGGUUUCUAACUCAUGUGAAGGACAAAUGAAAGGUGCUGCUGUUCUACAACCACCAGUUUUCAGUACUCAAAUUUAAGAGCUCAAAUGACUGUCCUGCUCUUGAAAAUAAUAACAAAGAACCUAGAAAAUGAAUGUGUUACCAUGGCUUUUAUUUGGGAUCCAAAAGAGGAUGGGGCUAGUGCUUAGAGGCAGCUACUAAGUAGGUGCAGAGAUGACUGUUGACCAUAUUGGUGCUUUUUGGCACAGACCCCUCUCAGUCCCCCUAAUUGUAGGCAGCGUUCCUGGGUUUCCUUUUUUCCCCCAGAUUCCCUGAGGAAUCUCUCUCCUAGCUGACAUUUGCUGCUGGUUUUGGGAGAAUGGCCCUCUUGAGCACAAGGAGGAGGGGAGAGAAUCUGUUGGGAAAGUCAGUAUUUCCUUCAGCUUUUCCUCGUGUACUCACAGACCUAAAACGUGGCUCCAGAGUCACCCUCCCCCAGCCUAUUUUUGAGCCAACCCAAGAAGGUAAAAAAUAAGUGAUGAACCCAAAGAAUGUCAACAUGUUUCCUUCUCCUCCCUUUUUGGAGGUGGAGGGGGAAACUUAGGGCCACAUCUGGAAAGCAUGGAUGACCCUUCCGAUGUGUGGGCCACCAUGGUGCCUUCCGUUGUGCGCACUAUUUCAGUGGCAUGAAAAAUGGGCAUAGCUGGCUCACUGGCCUUUCCAGGCUGGGUCUUGACAACAAUCUGGUUCUUGGAUGUAUUUAUGCUCAUUCUGACAGCUGAUGAGAAAGCAGAGGAGGAGGAAAGGACAAGUACACCAACUCUUCCACUCAAUUACCUCACUAGGAGUUCUAGUCAGAAGAGGUAGGAGACAAUUAAAGGGAAAAUCCAGGCCCCCUCUCUUCCUUGCGACUCCUCUUGGCUACACAAAGGAGGAUGAAAACGGAACAGGCACAGUGUUGAGAAGGGGUUGCCAUUUUAGAAAUGCAGUUCUCAAGCAGCUACCACCAAGUCAGGACUUCCACCCUCCACCCACAAAGAACUACAAGCAGCCCUUAAGAUGGCUGGUAGUUUCCUUUUAUUGGUCGCAAUAGCAUGCUAAGUCCAACCAGCUGUUUCUUUAGCUCAGGUAUACAGAAGCAUGUGCAUUCAGGGCUGAAGGUCUUGGCUAUGAUGUACAUCAUGUCUGCACAGACAGCGCUUAAUGGUUUGUUACAUGUGCACGCUCUUAGUGAAGCAGGAGGCUUUGGAGAGAUCUAUUGGAUGGAAAUAAAACUCACAGGAUGGCCUCAUUCCACCGCCUCCUGAAGUGAUGCAUGUUUGGGCAACACCACCUUUACAAAACACCUCUCAUUUUCAUCCUCUGAACAAAUUGCUGCAAGUUCUGUACUGAACUAAAAUCACGUUUCUUAUUAACCUUGGCCACUCACAGCCAAUACUGCAUUGUGAGCAAUUCUGCAGCUCCUGGUAGCCAGUCCAGCACCGAUCUUGAUUACCCUGUCUUGUCCAGGGAUGUUUAAUAAGAUUUCCAUCCUGUUCUCCAUCCCACUGCCCAGAAACCACGUUACACAAUGUACUGUUGCACUACCUAUUCCCCUGCAGUCAUGGUCAUUGCAGCCUAAACCAGCAGCGCAAGCUUCAUUUGUCUGAAGUUCCCAGGGCGCCUGCCAAUAGCCAGCAGCACGUUAUGUGCAGUGAAUUUUAAAAUCUCUUUUUAAGUCCUUCUCUGGAGGAAAGUGAGAAGAGGCUUUCCCAGAGCUUUUGUCUAGGCCAGGGAAACUGCAGUCAGAAACACCUAGUUCCUGAUGUGACAAAAGCCAGCCUGCCAUCAGCCUUGUGUUUCCGCUCUGCACCUGAACUCCAGAUAAAGCAUGAUGUGUACAUCUAGGAGAGAACUAGGGCUCCAGAGGCAUGUUUCACAUGGAAAACCCUCUCACAGUAUUUCACAAAGUAAAAAAUGCUUAACUGGCUGUAUGGUAACCCGGACAAGAAAGCUACAUUCAGCCUCCUUGAGGAUAUGAAUAUAUGCUUGAAGUAUUGUGAAUAACACUUGGGGCAAGCUGUCAAUGUCACAAAAACCAGAUGUUUGUUUAUCUACUUUUAUGUUUGUCCAUCUAUUUAUGACAGUAUGGGUCACAUCAAAAAGGCAUCAAACCUCUGUUGUAAAUCAAAACCAGAAUAUAUUCCAAUCUUCAAAAGCGUUUCUCCCCACCCCUCUCUGUUCAAGGCAACCAACCAAUAAUGACAAGAACAAAGGGACACUGUGGAAAUAAAAUAUAUAUUGUUGAUAGCUUUACCUAUGUAAUUUAACAGCAUUUUAGAUUAUUAAACACAAAGACAUUUUAAAAGUCUAA